AUGCAUAAUACUAGGUUACUUAAAACCUUAAUAACAUUUUCAACGUUAUUUGCUACGAUCGGCUUGACAGUCUUCUUAUUAGGGCGUCUGAGAACCAGUAAUGAACCUAUGCAAGUGAUUUUGGAUAAGAGGGCUUCAUGGCAAAAGGUAGCAGGUACCGAAGGAGCUACUUUCUUCUUAUUAAUGAGUGUUGGUGCUAUGGGUCCGCUUGGUGCAGCCGAGGUUGCAUUAUAUACUGCGGUAUCGUACACGGUUGGUGCGCUCGGUAUGUCAGCUGCUGCUGGCCUAGCUGCUGCUGGUGAUAUCGACCAGUGGGUUUGGGAUAAGGUAGGUGGCAGCGCAGGUUCUAAGAAGAAACGAAACUUGGAUAUGAGUUAUUAUGUCAAUGGAACGAGAAUUGUUACUGACGGUAUUAUGGCCAUGAGUAAUAUAAAUACCUACAUACACCUACAUGAUCCAUAUGAUAGUCAAUUAUGGCAAGAGGCAGAAUAUAUCUUGGGCGAGCACCACUAUGAUCUUAGAAUGGUAGGACAUAAUGAUACAGUUGCUAAAAAUGGAAAAAGUAAGAGGUCUACCAAAGAUAUUAAUGCUGGCACAACAGUAGCAUUUGUGUAUGCGGGGUCUGAUAGUAAUCAUGCGGUUAUGACUAAUUACGGUAAUUACUCUAUUGCAUUAACUAGUUUACGUGGUUAUAUAACAGAUGGAGUGGGUAAGAGGUACCAAGAUGGUAUGUGGGCCUCGUACACUAAGUAUGGGGAAGAACCACAUGAAGCCUUACCAUUGAUAAAUGAGCUAAAUGCUGAAGAGAGCGCAGUUGAGUCAAAUAUUCAGAAUAUUAUAAUAGAGCAAAUCCAACCGUGCACACAAGAAGGAUGCUAUGGUAUAUAUGAUAAAGGUUGCAUGUCAGUAGGAGGGUCAUCCACUCCAGGUGACGACUCGUGGAUAGUAGGUGAAUAUUAUUGGUCUCAAUAUGGCGGUUUAGACAAUGAAUGUCAGUCGGGUUAG